GAGAACAAACUUCACAUUCAACUGAACCUACCCUCUUUACUCCAGUGGGAACCUCUGCCAUGAUGCACACGUCCAUUUACUCGUCGUUGCUGUUUUUCAGCUCAAUGCUGUGUGUGAAUGGCGAUGGGUUAGCGAUGGCGCCAAUUGAACUUGCUCCAGUUCCCUGCAAUGACAAAGCCGUGGAGAAGCUGUCUCGUCUGGCUGCCACUUACAUCAACGAGGACCGUGCUGACGGGUAUAAGUUUGCCCUUAACCGCGUUGCCAACGUCCAUCUACACGCUCAGGGCCCAGCAGGCAACGUGUACUACCUGGACCUGGAUGUCCUGGAGACUAAAUGUCACAUAGGCAGUCCCAAACCAUGGAAGCGCUGUGGCAUCAGGCCAUUCAUGGAAACACAAAUCUCUGGUAACUGCAACACUACCAUCCUGCACACAACAGAGGGUUACUCCUACCUGUACAGUUAUGACUGUACACUUGUGCCAGACCCCGCAGAGAAGCUGCAACAGACUUGUCCAACCUGCCCGGUCCUUCUGCCUGUUGACAGCCCGCUAGCUGUGACUGCUGCUCAGGUCACUCUGGCAUCCUAUAAGAGGCAGUCUGCUCUGGGUGCAGGGCUCGGGGUGAAGCGGAUCACCCGAGCCGCAGAGCAAACUUUGCCAGUGAAAGCCAGAUUUGUGGAAUAUACGGUCGAAGAGUGUCCAGAGGGAGUGACAGAGAGGAACACCUGUCAGCAGUUAGCAUCUGCUUCGGACACUGAGACUGCAGGCUUUUGUACAGGUUCUGUGCAUGGUGACCUGCAUGAUCAUCCGGACGUUCAAGUGUCCUGUGAGAUGUUCAAAAUACAGAAUGGGGAUGUCCCACGGCCAGUAGAGCCACAAGGUCAUGACCUCCCCUCACAGCCUGAUAUCCCAACACUGCCUCCAUUCGAUUACCCGGAAAAAGAUCAGCAGCCCACUCCUUCUGACCCCACACAACAUCCUGAUACUGAACCAGCACCACUUGACCCCACGCAGAUUCUCCCCGGUUCCUUGGACCCUUCACUUAGUCCACCGACUACCUCCUCCUCGUCUUCUAGUGAGUCUGAAGAAGGUUUUUUCAAUCGCCGGCCCUCAUCCACCGGACUUUUUGAUUCGUCUUCUGAAGAGAUAGGAGGCCCUCUGGCACUGCGUCCACCCUUUGACUUUCACUAUAAGAAGCAUGACCGCAAAAAACGGCAGGCCUUGGCGGAACUCUCACCGUCCCGCAAACCAACAUUCCUGUCUGAUUUCCCAAGUGGGCCGUCGCCUUUCCGCUCCUGCCCUGGCCCUGCUCGAUACACCACAGUUUAAAGGGCCAGUGCUGGUGAUAAUGCCAUGGACAAAUAACCUUACUAUAUACAGCAGUGCUCACAACAUUAUUGAAACCUGAAUCAAAUGUAUGGAGAAUUUGACAGCAUAUAAACUACUUGAGCAAUUAAAGCUUGGAUUUGAAGCUAACAUUU